AUGUAACACGUAGAUACUUCCGGAACAGCAGCGCUUUUUAUUCCGACGAAGGUCGAUUAGACAUAGACAUAUUACCUACUGUACUGUGUCGCUUUCUUCAAAUACGAAGGACUUUUCUUGUUAUAUUUGACUAGCUAUUUAGCUUAAUCAAAAAUGCCAAGAGGAAGCAGAAGCCGGACGUCAAGGAUGGCCCCUCCAGCCAGGAUGGCCCCACCGCCACCCCCCAUGGCCAGGGCUGCACCCCCUCCAUCCUACGCCCCAGCGCCUGCCCAUGCCCCUCCGUCCGCCAUGGCUGUCCCAGCCGCUGCUGCUCCCCGGCAGCCAGGCAUGUUUGCGCAGAUGGCCACCACAGCCGCUGGGGUAGCCGUUGGCUCAGCCGCAGGGCACAUGAUCGGCCACGCAAUGACCGGAGGAAUGGGUGGGGGCGGAGGAAGCCAAGAGGCUGCCAAGCCUGAUGUCACCUACCAGGAGCAGCCCCAGCAGUACCAGCAGCAGUACCAACAGCCACCUCCCAUGUACCAGCCAGCCCAGUAUCAGCAGCAGCCCCAGUCCAUGUUCCAGCAGGAGCCUGCCCCUCAGCAGGGAACCUGCUCAUACGAGCUCAAGCAGUUUAUUGAGUGUGCUCAGACCCAGAGCGACCUGAAACUAUGUGAGGGCUUCAGUGAGGUGCUCAAGCAGUGCAAGUUCUCAAAUGGGAUGUCCUGAGAGGGAGACAAACAACCCCAUCAACGCUGAACGCACACACUCAACAUACACACAAUACUACUAAAGAAGUAAUUUACAAACACUCGAUAGACUUGGCUUUGUUUGGCAGUUGAUCAAAUAACUGUUAAUCAUCAUAUAUGGACAAUAAAAACAUUUUCCUCAGGUUGAUGCUGUGAAGCUUGUAAUAAUAGUCAUAUGUAUAUGUUUAUUUUUUUGUUGCAUGUUUUCAUUUUAAAUGAACUACACGUUUGAUUGGCUUUAGUGCUUAAACCUGGGGUGUAUUCAUUACGUCUUGAAACGGUUUACCUUUUAAAGAACCAAAGGGAAUGAAACAGGAGGGACCUACCUGAAUUUGUACAAUAUAAACUUGUUUUCGUUGCAAAAUUUUUUGCAACAGACUAAACGUUUUGCUACAGAAGCGGCAUAAUGAAUACACCCCUGUUGUAAAUUAACCUGGUCCCUAGGCUCAGCGAGCUGGGGACAAGAUUAGUCGUACAUAUAUCUGAUGUAUUUUAACAGGGAUAUUCCCUCAUAGCCUGGUUAAACCAGAUUAAAAGUAGCGAUUGAAAUCCGUUAGGAUGCCAGGCUAACUCCCUCAUAGAUCACAAUGUAAACUUCAUUGAUGGUAGAUAUUCCCUGGGUCCACCCAUUUCCAUCAUAUCUGGAUUAGGGUUGUACAAUUGCAAUUUGCUUGUAACAAGCAUAGGAUCUAAUAAAGUUAUUCUGAAUCACAUUAAAGAAUCUUCUGAAUCACA